UUUUACUAAUUUGCACGAGUUAUGACGGUGGUCUAGAAAUUCGUUGCGUUGAAAUUUUUAUAUAUGCUGGAAAAAACUUCAACGUUUAAACCGAUUAUAAAAAGUACAUGAAGAAAUACAAAUAUCUAAAAAGGACCCUAAAAAGUGAAAAUCCCACAAAAUAUUUCAAAUACUUAGAAACAUGAAUAAUGAUGAUAUAAGAAACGAUUUAAGUGUUUGCGCUGCUGCUUCAACAACUCAAUCAAAUAAAAUUUUAACAGCAGAAUCAACACAAACUACAACCAAACAUGCACAAAAGAAUGCAGGAAAAAAUAAGCAAAUUACAGCAAAGAAAAACAUUCACAAUAGCAAUAAAAACAACAAUAGCCUUAAAUAUCAAACACCACCACCAGCAGUAGCAGCAGCAGCAGCCAUCACCACCACAACUACCACAACAUCUACCAACAACAACAAUGGUAAAAAAUCUUUGAAAAAUGCAACUGGAAGCAACAAAAUGCUGCCUGUAGCCCCUGCCGUAAUACCCGUAGAAAAUAAUAGUAGCUUUAAUACCGAUAUAGCGAGUGGAAAUGGCAACAACAACAAUAAUUUUACUAAUAGUAAUCAAAAAUUGAAACUUAAAGUAAGUAACACACCAUUAACAACUGCAACAGCGUCCACUUCGACCGCAGAUACUGCCACUGCCAAUGGGAAUCAGGUAACAAGACCGAUUGUUGUUAAAACAAGUGUUGCUGGAUCAGUACCAGUACCAGUACCAGCAACCGAAACUCCAAGCAAUGCAGCGGCAGUUUCUAUUCCUGCGAAUCCUUCUAAAAUACCGAAAACGCCCGCUUCUGUUAGCAAUACCAGCAAGGCUAUUAGUGCCAGUGCUGCUGCAAAAAAUGCACACGGUAGUAGUAAAAGUGCUGUGACGUCCAGUAAAACUGCCGCCGCUGCUGCAGCUGCAGCUGCAUUUGCAUUGCAACAACAAGCGAAUGCUGUUGCUGUCUCCACAUCAUCGAAAUCCGCCUCUAAAUCACAAACGACAAAAUCGAACUUAAAGUUUACCACAACAUUACCAUUCAUAACUCGUACCGUGCCUACUGGUGGCGAAACAGCAGCUGCAGCUGCCAUUAAGCAAAAGCUUAAGAGCGCCAAAGCAGCCAUGAAGAACAAAACACAAUCAGUAUCGUCAUCAACUUCUUCAAAUUCUUCAAUUUCAUCAUCGGCUGGCAUUGUAAACGCCAUUUCGAAUGCAUUGCAGAAUAUCAUAACCAGCGAUAAUUCAGAUACGGAUACUGAGCUUUAUCCUCCACCAGCGGAUCUAUCAGAAUCUGAUGAAGAAUCAGUAUCAGAGAUUCUUCUGGCAUGCUUGUGUCUAAGGCCAGAACUUUUGGAUGAUAUACCUGAAUCUGAUAUUGAAAGUUGUGUUCAUUCUUUCAAAAAGAAAGACUAUAUGUUCAAAAAAUCUGUUGCAUCUGUUGCCGAAAGUCCGAAUGAGGAUGAUGAAGAUGCCGAAGAAGAUGAAGAUGAUGGCGAUGAUGAAGAUGAGGACGAUGAUGAUGAAGAGGAAGACGAAGACGAAGACGACGAUGAUAACGAAGACGAUGAAGAUGACGAUGAUGAUGAGGAAAUCGAUGAAGAAGAUGAGGAUGAAGAGAUUCAAGAUCCGAAUGAAGUGAGCGGUAAUUUUCUUCUUGAUUCCAGCAAUGAUCGUAGUCGUAAUCUCAAUGCUCUUUUUGAGGCUGCAGCAAAUGAGAAAGCACCAGUUCUUCGUCACGCAACUCAUGCUAUCGAUGAGACCAAGCAAGCCUUAACCAAAAUGAGAUGUGCAAACAGUCCACGAGACAAAACAAUAUUUUCUCGCACACUUAUCGCUGCUUGCACUGAUAAUGACGUACCAACUGUGCGACGUUUACUUGGCAAGGGAAACGUCAAUAUUAAUGAGUCUACAGAUGAUGGUGAAUCAUUGUUGUCAAUGGCUUGUUCAGCUGGUUAUUAUGAACUAGCACAGGUUUUAUUAGCUAUGUCAGCAGCUCAGGUUGAAGACAAAGGUCAAAAGGACUGUACACCACUUAUGGAAGCUGCAUCAGCUGGUCAUUUGGACAUUGUUAAGCUCCUUCUUAGUCAUAAUGCGGAUGUUAAUGCGCAUUGUGCAACUGGAAAUACCCCGCUUAUGUUUGCUUGCGCUGGUGGACAUGUUGAAGUAGUGAAAGAACUUCUGAAACAUGGCGCCAAUGUCGAGGAACAAAAUGAAAAUGGCCAUACGCCAUUGAUGGAAGCAGCUUCUGCUGGCCACGUUGAAGUAGCAAAGGUUCUCCUCGAAAGUGGUGCUGGUAUUAAUACACACUCCAAUGAGUUCAAGGAAAGUGCAUUAACACUUGCUUGUUAUAAAGGGCAUUUAAAUAUGGUGCGAUUCUUAUUACAAGCUGGAGCUGAUCAGGAACAUAAAACUGAUGAAAUGCAUACGGCCUUGAUGGAAGCCUCAAUGGACGGUCAUGUGGAAGUCGCUCGUCUUUUACUUGAUUCUGGUGCACAAGUAAAUAUGCCAACUGAUUCCUUUGAAUCGCCCCUUACAUUGGCUGCAUGUGGAGGGCAUGUAGAGUUGGCUACUUUGCUAAUCGAACGCGGCGCAAAUAUUGAAGAAGUAAACGAUGAAGGCUAUACACCCUUAAUGGAAGCCGCACGAGAAGGUCAUGAAGAAAUGGUAGCACUGCUGUUAAGUAAAGGCGCUAAUAUAAACGCAACUACAGAGGAAACGCAAGAAACUGCAUUAACUUUAGCAUGUUGUGGAGGUUUUAGCGAAGUAGCUGAGUUUCUUAUCAAGGAGGGUGCCAACUUAGAAUUAGGCGCAUCAACACCACUAAUGGAAGCUGCUCAAGAAGGUCACACGGAUUUGGUACGCUUCUUAUUGCAAAAUAAAGCUAAUGUACAUGCCGAAACUCAGACCGGUGAUACAGCAUUAACGCAUGCUUGUGAAAAUGGUCAUACAGAUGCUGCUGACGUACUACUAUCCUUCGGUGCAGAAUUAGAACAUGAAUCUGAGGGUGGACGUACUCCACUUAUGAAAGCUUGUCGUGCUGGUCACCUUUGUACUGUGAAAUUUUUAAUUCAAAAAGGCGCUGAUGUCAACAAACAAACCAGUAGCAAUGAUCAUACACCUCUUUCUCUUGCUUGUGCAGGAGGUCACCAAGCAGUUGUUGAGUUGUUACUCAAAAGUGGUGCAGAUCCAUUUCAUAAAUUAAAGGAUAACAGCACUAUGUUAAUUGAGGCAGCUAAAGGUGGACAUACUAGAGUAGUAGAGCUAUUAUUCAAGUAUCCGUUUGUACAGAACCAACAAAAUGACAUGCAAUCCGCGACAGUGGCAACAGCAACCGCGUCUGCAUCUCCUAAUGCUACAACAAAUCCACCAACGGCUGGACAAAUGCGUGUCAUUAACUUACAGCAACAAAAACAACUUCAACAACAACAGAAACACCUACAACAUCAGUUACAACAACAACUUCAGCAAUUGAGCGCACCACCUGGUUUACAUGAGGUGUCAGAGGCCGUAAGAGCCUCUAAUCAACAAUUAUUUCAUCAACAACAGUUUAAUGGAAAUCCUAAUACUGCAGUACCAUCUCUCGAUGAACAAUUACAACUGGCACAGUCUAAUGGAAAUAUUGUUGGUGAGGAGUUUGCUGCUAUUGAUAUCAACUCACUAAGUGCUCAACAACAGGAAGCUCUGAUUGCCAAGUCACGCUUAUUUCACCUGCAGGCAGGCUUUGAGCAAGGGUUAACGCAAGGCCUUACACGGGAACAACAGCAGCAACAGCAACAACAACAACAACAACAGCAGCAGCAAAUAGUACAACAAAAACCACAUCCGCCUGUUCCGCGAACACAUUUUGAAUUAGACAUGACUCAUAUAAAUUCGUUGACACCGCCACAAAAAGCUCCUCCAGCACCGCCAGUAAUUCCAGGAAAUAUAGUGCCUAAAAUUAAAAGUGUUGCUAGAAAGAAUCGGCAGUCACCUGCGUCUUUGGAGCUUAAUUUACUUGCAGCUAGAAAUAUGCUUGAAGAACAGCAACAGCAACAACAACAACAACAGCAGCAGCAGCAGCAAACAGAAAUAGAGGAAAUUCGCUCGCAACCACUUGGUGACGACGGUACAGGGGCAACAGCAGUAACACCAAAUCAAUUUAAGCAAAUACCUUGCCUUAUUGAUGAAGAUUGCUAUAAACGUCGUCGUGUGAUUAUACAAAAGAAUGUAAAUGAUAAUAAGCAGUUAACGACAUCUUUACUACCAGUCACAUAUAUGGAUUUAGCUAAUGCGGAGGUCGUAGAAGAAGCUGUGGAUAACUCCAAUUUACCAAUAGGAACUCCAAUGAUAGAUCCAAAUGAAACAGUCAUACUUACAAAUUUACCCCAAGGUGUUAAUAUGAAUUCAAACAAUAUAAUCACUGAAUUAAUUGACGGAAACACUCCUGCAAUAGAUAUGCAAGCACCACGUCAUCACCAACAGCAAUCGCAAAAUAAAACCAUGAUCAAUUCUAACAUGCAGUAUACUGUUAACUAUCAUAUAAAUAAGUCUAACAAUAAUAAUGCAACUAGUAAUAACCAAAAAAGUAGUGGGUCACAGAUUACUACACCAUCGGAGGUAUUGCAAAGUACUGCCAUAAGUGAUCGACCAAAUUUUUCACAGCCCUUGUUGAUAACAAAUGAAGUUAAGCCAACUUUACAAACGCAGCAUGCUAUUAUGAAUCAUAUGGUGUUUGCAGCACAACAACAUCAACAACAACAAAUUCCCCCAAGCUUGGAUGUUACAUCGAGUGGACAAAUAGCAUUGAGCAAUUCGCCAGCUUCACCUUUGGCUUCGCCUUCAUCUUCUGGAGCCUUUACACAGCAGCAACUCGAAGUUCCUGAUCCUAAUACUAUUACGACAUUGCACCAACAACACACACAAACCUCAGCAGAUGUUAACAUGAGUGUAAAUCUGUCUCCAGCUUUAUUACAAUCUCAUAAUGGUGGAGUUCUAGCUUCUCAUGAUCUGCAUGAGGCACUUGAAGCAGUUUGUUGUCAAGCAGCUUCGUCAAUUAUGCAGGACAUACGAGGUUCAACUGAUUCACUUAAUUCCAUGGGCAAUAAUGGAUCUGCUUCAGCAGCUGCUGCAGCUAUUGCUACGGCUUGCAGCAUGAAUGCUGCUGAGCAACAGGAGUAUCUGAAAAAAUUAGAUGUGAACACUCAAAUGAAAUUAUUGCAAGAAGGUUGGCAGCUUUUUGGUAUAAGACGCUUUUUUGAUGAUCAACCAAAAUCACCAACAGAAACUCCUCCUGAAAAGCAACAAGCGUACACAAAUGCAAUGGGAGUUUCCGGUGACGAAUCUGAGUCUAAUGCUGAAAUGAAAAACUUAGCGACAUUAUGCUCUGCUGCAGCUGCCGCAGCUGCUGUAGCUGCAGCAUCUACUCCUGGUUCAUUAAGUGAAUGCCACAAUAAUCCAAAUAAACUCAAUGUAGAAGAUGUUAUCAAUGAAAUAUAUGAAGAUAUUGAAAAUGAAGUCAAUGUAUUACCACCAGAACCAACUGAAAUAAGUGAGCUGAUUAAUGAUGAAGAAGAGACAGAGAUUGUUGUGAAUGAUGAAGAUGAAGAAGGAGAUGAAGAUGACGAAGGGGAAGGUGAAGGAGAAGAAGAUGGUGAAGGUGAAGGUGAUGAUGAUAAUGAUAAUGACUCUUCAACGUCAUUAAAUAUUGAUGAACACCUUAAUGAAAAUGAUUUAUGUUUGCGAAACAAUUCUGAUAGCACUGAGUUGCCUCUUACAGACGAUGAUUUAGAAUUGAACUCUCCAAGCAAGAGUCGCAAAUUAUCUCAUCGUUUAGAGAAUUUAAUACUUUCUAAUGUAACGUUAAAACAUGAUGAAAUAUCGCAAGGUCUUUGCGAUUUUCGUCAAGAUAUCAAUGGAACAGUCCAUGUUUUUCCUCAACUAAGUAACUACAAAGCUUCUAAUGGAAAUGUUUUAAAUAAUGCACUUCAUCAACAAUAUGUGCAACAAAGCACUGCAGUUUCAGUGAAUCAACAUAAACCAACUACAACUAAUCAAGCUAUGCUUAUACAACAUGAUGCUCAGAUUGAUCAACAAUUUUAUUUAUACGAAAAUCCAGAUGACGGAUCAAUGAUCGGUGCUGCAGGUGGGGUUGAAGGUGGGAACGGUGAAAUGUACCCUCCAUUAGAUGAGACAUUACAACAAUUUAGCAACGAAGAUGAUGGAACACGUGAACAAAUGUAUGACAUAGCCGUUGAAAUGGAUGAAAUAUUUCAAGUAAUACAUAACGUUAACGAUCCAACACUGCAGGACUUGACUUCUAACUUAAAUUGUGCCGAAUUAGCAGAUUUUGGAAUAAAUUCAAUAUGUAAAACACGUUGGAACGGUAACUGGGCACAAACAGCAAAGUGGACAAGUCAAGAUCAUCUGAUUGCUGCUCAUCAACAGAAUAUGCUUUCACCUGAUGAUCAACAGCAUGAACAGCAACUUCAAGCAAACCAAUUACUUCUUGAUUACCAGUUACAACAACAACUUCAGCAACGUUUAGUUGAAGAAGAAAUGGGUGAACGCGAUAUAAUGCAGCAUCAUCGACAACAAGCGACAUUGUCGUUGUUACCGUUUUCUCCUGAAGAAGCAGCUGCAAUGCAAAAUCAACAUCAACAGCAACAAUUGCAACAAACACUGCCAAAUCCAAAUGAUUUCCAUUUGCAACACCAACACCAACAACAGGUACAAACACAACUUGAUAUAGAAACUGACCCAGAACUUAAACAUCAAUUACUCCAACUGCAGCAAAUACAUCAGCAGUCAAAUGCGCGUAUGAUUAAAACUAAUACAUCUGUCACAGUUGGUCAACAGCAGCAACAACAACAAGCUGGAAACUAUGUUUUUAAUGUUGAAGGAAAUGAAAAACCGCCACAAUCUCUACAACUUUUAUUCCAAAUGCCUCAAGCAGUACAAGAUCCUGAUGCAGUCCAACUUCACCAAAUGCACGAUCAAAGGCAGCAACAACAGCAAGUUAAAAUUUUGAAGCAGCAGCAACAGCAAAUUCUAAAGGAUUUGUCUCAACAAAGUACAGAAACUUUAAUCCAGCACCAACAACAACAGGCUUCUCUCGAUCAGGUAGCAUAUAAUAAUAAUAUACUUCAGCGUCAAGCUGCUUUAGCACUCGAGGUUUUAAAUCAGCAGGUACUAAAACAAAAACAACAAGAAUUGGAACAGCAACAGCAAUUAUUACUGCAGCAACAACAGCAACUACAGCAAUUACAACAGCAACAUCAACAGCAGCAGCAACAAUCUUGUGUUCAACAUACACAGCAAGUGCAAGUUGCUACUCAAACUCAGCCAUCAGUUGUAGUACCACAUCCAAAUGCUGGAGUUAAUGUUGCUGGAGUUGCGCGUGGAGCGUCUCGUUAUUGUGCUGUACCAAUGGGAGCAGAUAUAGAUUUGAAUGGUUGCAAUAUUAAUAAUCAGCAACAACAUCAACAACAAAUGGCAGCAGCUGCUGCUGCAGUUGCAGCUCAACAAAUACCUGCUCCGCCAAUCUGCACUUCGUCAUCAGCUAAAAUGCCAGGUGGUAUCGCUAAAAAAGCUAUUGAUAAGCAAUCUCGCAAAGAGCGAAAUCGUUAUUCACUCUUACGUCAAACUCCUGCAGGAAGUCAAGCGAACACAACUGCUCAACAUCAAUACCAGCAGACUGCACCUACUACUACACUAGAUAAGACUAUUGAUGUCGAUUCAGAAACUGAUUCCAAUCAUGACACAGCACUGACAUUAGCUUGUGCUGGUGGACACGAAGAGUUAGUGGAGUUGUUAAUAAAUCGUGGUGCCAAUAUUGAGCAUCGUGAUAAAAAAGGUUUUACCCCACUUAUACUAGCAGCAACGGCUGGACAUGAAAAAGUUGUUGAUAUACUUUUAAAACAUGGUGCAGAUCUUGAAGCACAAUCCGAAAGAACCAAAGAUACACCAUUGUCUCUGGCAUGUUCUGGAGGUCGUUAUGAAGUAGUUGAAUUACUUUUAAAUGUUGGAGCCAAUAAAGAACAUCGUAAUGUAUCUGACUACACACCUUUGAGUUUAGCAGCUAGUGGUGGAUAUGUUAAUAUAAUUAAACUACUUUUAUGUAAUGGAGCUGAAAUAAAUUCUCGAACAGGAAGUAAGCUAGGUAUUUCCCCACUUAUGCUUGCGGCUAUGAAUGGCCAUGCAGCAGCUGUGAAAUUAUUGCUAGAUCAAGGGUCAGACAUAAACGCCCAAAUUGAAACAAAUCGCAAUACUGCAUUAACAUUAGCAUGUUUUCAAGGACGUCACGAGGUCGUCAGUCUAUUGUUAGACCGCAAAGCUAAUGUAGAGCACAGAGCAAAAACUGGGCUUACACCUCUUAUGGAAGCAGCAUCCGGAGGCUAUAUAGAUGUUGGUCGCGUAUUGUUAGAUAAAGGUGCUGAUGUAAAUGCUGCCCCUGUUCCAACCUCACGUGAUACCGCACUCACAAUUGCAGCAGAUAAAGGUCAUUUGAAAUUUGUUGAAUUACUUUUAUCCAGAAAAGCAGCAGUGGAAGUUAAAAAUAAGAAAGGAAAUUCCCCACUUUGGUUAGCUGCUCACGGUGGUCAUAUUGCGGUUGUUGAGAUUUUAUUUGAUAAUAAUGCGGACAUUGAUUCGCAGGAUAAUCGGCGUGUGUCUUGUUUAAUGGCAGCAUUCCGUAAAGGACAUACUAAAGUUGUGAAAUGGAUGGUACAGUAUGUAACUCAAUUUCCAUCUGACCAAGAAAUGAACCGCUUCAUUAGCACUAUAAGCGAUAAAGAGCUUUCCGAAAAAUGUUAUGAUUGUAUGAAAAUUAUACGUGCAGCCAAAGAAGCACAAGCUGUAAAAGCAAACAAGAAUGCUUCUAUUCUUUUAGAAGAACUUGAUUUAGAACGUACACGUGAAGAGAGUCGAAGAGCUGCUGCAGCAAGGCGGCGUGAACGAAAGAAGAAGAAAAAAAUGGAAAAGAAACAGGAAAAACGCCGCCAAUUGGAAGGAGCGAGCGGUUCGCAAGAUAUCGAUAAAGAAGCAGAUGAAAAAGAUUCUGAUAAAGAUGAAGAUAGUGAUAAAGAAGAUAAUGCGGAGGAUGAUGAAGAUAAUCAAAAUCCCCAACAUUAUAGAGAAGAAGGUGAUUCAGGUAUUGAUCAAGGUUCGUGUUCUAGUGCAGAAUUAAAAGCUGGUAUGGUACCCAAUCAAGAAAAAAGUGGUAAGAAUAAAAAUAAAAAGAAGAAAAAUGCGCAACAGAACAUUCAACAACCACAAACUGUAGCAAAUUGUAAUACACGAAACGUUCGCAACAGUAGUCCUGUUGCUGAAGAGGCAGUUACAAAAGCUUCACCUAAACAAUCUAGAAAAGAAGAACAGCAAAUGAAAAACGUUAAGAAAUCAAGUUUAGAAUCCACUAAAGUUAAUCCUGCAUCUGUGACCAAAAAAGGUGAUGGUACAAAUAAGCAAAAAGAUGAAACCAUGUCAAAUAAGAAAAAAGAUAAUAAACAGCGCGAAAAAGAAAAUUUAGCACCUAAAGAAAUAACUUCUGCUCCUAAACAACAACAACAACAACAACCACCACAAACUGAAAAACCAAAAUUGGAAAAACUUGAUGCACCACCUACAAACCCAAAUCAAACGGGCAAUCGCAAAUCGUUAGUUUUUUGUAGUUCACGUAACGCAACAUACACAACUGAAGACACAAAAAAGCCAGAUGAUAGCUUAUUACCACGUGAAACUGUUAACAAACCGAGUCCACCUAAACGUGGUGAAGAUGGUUGGAAGGAAGUAGUAAGAAAAAGUUCAACACAACAAAACACUACUACAUCUACUAAUGCAUCAACAGUGUUAGCCUCUGUCACAUCUACUACGACAGCAGUACCAGAAAUGACAUGCAAGAAAGUUCAAGUGCCGGUCAAUGCAAUUUCUCGGGUAAUUGGACGAGCAGGCAGUAAUAUAAAUGCUAUUCGUGCGACAACAGGUGCACACAUUGAAGUUGAAAAACAAGGAAAAAAUCAAUCAGAAAGAAGCAUAACAAUAAAAGGUCUUCCUGAUGCAACAAAACAAGCUCAUAUGCUUAUUUUAGCUCUAAUUAAAGAUCCCGAUGUCGAUAUAUUACAAAUGUUGCCACGUAUGAAUACAAGCAUAAAAGCAUCUACUUUACCUAUGACUGUUGGCACGUGGGACAACAAAACUGCAUUACAAACAUCGUCUUCUUCUUCAUCGACUUCAUCAACACCCUCUGCUCCAACAUGCUCAUAUCAGGUUACACCAACUACAAGUACUGUCACAACAAGUGUCUCAACUUCAAUGACAACAACUGUUACCAAGACAAGUAUUGCUAGCACGAAACAUAAUAACUUAAUUCCAAAAUCUCAAACAGCUAUUUCUUCUAAAAUUUCAACCGGACGUAGUCAAUCUGCGAAAGCGUUUUAUUCUCAACAACCACCAACACGUGGCUGCAGUACUCAAGCUAGUACUAGCAGUAUUACUAGUACUCAAAAGCACAAGCCUGGUGGACUGGAAACAUUACCCAAUGUCACAAAAACUACUCCUAAUUUUAAUAACGUUAUAGCAUCGCAAAAGAGUUCAAAUACAAAACAACUGCCCACAGCAUUUAUAAGCAACAACAAUAAUGGUAACAAUACUGUGAGCUCUCAGACUUUUGCAGCGAAAUUAACAGGUGGAAUUCAUAAUGCUUCUCCUAAGAAAACCGAAGGGAGAAUUGUUGGUACCACAGCGCCAUAUGGACGUGGUAAACCGAUACCAAGCUCUUUAUCGUCAAUAUCACAUCUUGUCAGUAAUAACAAUACUUUAUCUGGACCUAUUGGCACAUUUAAUGUAGCUGAUGUUGCUGCUGUUAAUGCAGCUGCUGCAGCUGCGGCUGCAGCAUCCCAAAACAAUGUAAACACAACACGCCCAGUUACACCCAUUGGUCCACCAAAACGUAAUGUUUCACCAAUGCCAAAUACACAAACUCUUCCACAGGAUGUGACGCAACAACAAACAACUACAUCUAUAGGUCAAUCUAAAAUUUCACAAAAUCAAGCUGGUGUUAACGAUAGUGCUGGUGGAGCUUCCGGAGCAAAUAACGCUAAUAACGCUUCAAUUGCACAACCAUCAAACUUUGGUACACAGAUUGCUACAAAUCUUAGCAAUGAAUAUUCUUUAUUUAAUGAUAACACUUAUAAAUCUCAAUGGGGAGGUGAAAAUAAACAGAUAUAUUCAUCGAAUACUGGGUUGGCUAAUGAGAAUUUACCAAAAGCUGAUGCUUCUAAAGCUCCUGGUUACAAUAGAAAUAUUUUAAGUUCGCCAGUGGGCAGUUCGAAAGCAUCAUCUAGCCUUUCUACAUCACCACCAGGUAGUGUUAUUACAGCACCUAUUGGAUCUCUACCAUCGGGUGUAAAUUCGGGUCAGCAACCAAUAAAUAUUAUGCCUGUGAAUACAACUGUUGGAAAUGCUUCUGCUAUAUCGCCAACUAUUGCAAUUUCAACAAUUGAAAAUGUCUCGACUACAAACACAAACGCCAAUUCUUUACAAGCAUCGCAGUCAACAUCUGCCUCUAGUAAUGCUUCAAUCUCCCCUGGUGUCAUUAAACCUCCUCAAGCAAUUGGGCAAAACUCAGGGAGUACAGCACCUCCAAGCGGCUUAGCAAUUCAACGGCCAGCAAGUAGUCAGCACAGACCAGGCACAGUCGGGUCGAACAUUACAAAUGCCAGACAUACACCGCCUACUACUGCUCCCGUUGCUUCACUUGACGCUUCAUCAACACCUAUGAAUUUUGGGCCAAUUGGUUCAAAUACUCCAGGUCGUGCAAACGGUUCUGGUGCAAUUGGUUUUUACGAUCAUCUUGUAGCACCCACACAACAAAAUAUGAAUGCUAAUACGCAUCAAAUGAAUUAUCAUAUGGAUGCAAAUGUUGGUGCAGCAUACAACACAACGAAUCCUACACCAACAAGUUUAACAUCACGUUUAAAUCCACGUGCAUCGGCAUUUUCACAACCGAAAACACAACAGCCAGUCUCGCAGCAACCACCCAUUGGUACAGGUAUUUUUCAUCAACAGCAGCAAGCAAAUCCAAAUUUUAUUCCUGGUAAAUCAUUGGCACCAGGACGUCCUCAAUCACAACCACCAAGCGGCCAUAUGCCAAACCAACGUUGGUAUGGUGUUGGAAGCAAUAGUGAAUACGGCGGCUAUGUACAAAAUGCUCGAGAUAUGAUUAAUUUAGAAAAUGGAAUGCCUGGUAAUGUUGGCAGUGGUGGUUCUCCAGCUGCAAUGUCUCCAAAUCAGGGUUCCGGUGCGCAAGGUAAUGGUUUGAUACAAAAUCAAGCACAGCAACCAUCACAACAACAACAAUCAGAAGAUUUACGCAAGAUGCCACGGCCGAUUGGUACAGAACGUGCCACUUGGAAAUUUAAUUACCCAAAUAUGGGUGUUCCAGGUUCCGGUCUAUCACUUGAAGAUAAUUUAUCUGGUGUUUGCGGACCCAAUGCUAUGGGUGCCACAGGACAACUCGUCCCACAGUGGCUGUUAGAAAAACAAGCAUCUCAACAUUCAAAUUGGCUUAUGAAACAACAAUAUCGCUAUUAUGGUGGAGGUGCAAAUAUAACACCAGGAGCAGGGUUGGGAAUGGGUCCUACUGAAUACCAUCAUCAGCAAGAUCCCUUUCAUAUGCCAAUGGAUUAUCACAUGUCCAUGCAGCCACCAAAUUUAAAUCAAACACAGCAAAUGAAUUUAUUACCAAACUAUCAAUAUCCACAGUUUGUUGGACAUGCAACUGACAUGAGUCAUAUGCCGGAUAAAGGAGAAAUGUGGGAUCAGCAUGAUAAACAUUCAUGGCCAACCAAUUGGACUAAUUAAUGGCAAAUGGAGGAAAGGAACAUUAGCGUUCAACAAUAAAAAGAAGCGAACAACCUAUCAACAUAGAAAAACAAAAACAAAAACGAAAACAAAAACAAAAAUAAAAAGAUGACUAUUGAAACCAUUCUUGUCUAUGCGUUAUGCGUUAUGCGUAUUCUUUUUUCUUCUAUAAUUUGAAUUAGUAAAGAAAAUUAUUUUAAGAAAAUUGUAAUGAACAGAAAAUAAAUGGAUUUAUUAUAAAUUUAACAAGGAUUGAAAAUUGAAGGUGGAAGUUUGAAAACUAUACAAUAUUUAAAACAAAAUCACGCUGCACGCAUUAAUAACAAGAUAAUGAAAUAAUGUUUGGAAACACAAGAACCAUACACACAAUUAAACAUUAUUUAAGGCUUUUAAAAAAACGAAAAACAUAAAACAGUUCUAAAAUUUUUAUUUAAAAAAAAAACUGCAGCUGAAAAUGCAAUAUACGAAACUGCAAAUUUAUUGCUCUUUAUAUUAUAUAAUAUAUUCAAUCAACUAUUAUAACCUAAACACGUAUAUAUAAUACACACAUGCAUACACACUAAUUUUACUGCUACUUUAUUUAUGAAUAGGGUACAUAGUACUGUAUGUAUACUUAAACCUUAUACACACAACUAUAAACAGUAAUUGAAUAAUUCGCUACUUUGAUAUAUAUUUAAUGAAGAUAUAAUUGUUACAUAUUUAAAUACUGAAAUCGAUUUGAAGUUGUCCGAGAAGGUAGUGAUUUGAAGACCUAUUAUACAUGAAUUAUAUAUAUAUA